CUCCGUUUCUUCUUGCUCGUGUCACAAGGGAGAAACGCUCUGGGGCACGUGGGCACAUUGUAAUGUAAAGCCGCCCGAUAUUAUCUUCAGCCAAGUGUCAGUUUGCACGUGCCAUCCCGCCCCGUCGUUUUGCUCCCCAAAGCGCGCACACACACACGCACACACACAUACACACAUAUACAACAAGGAGACCACCGCCACUUCGCGGCUGCCAAGCUGCAAUAAUGGAUGUGUAACAAAAGAAGUAGCACUGUCGCCGUACAGAAGCACCGAAAGGUCCACAAUGACAGCUUCAGCAGGCACGGGGGUUUUUGUGCUGUCCCUUCUGUCAGUCCCGCUUACCUAUUUGUUUAACUUACUGUUCCACGCCAACAGUGGUGGAGCGGUGUUUGUGGCAGGAGCUUUAAUUCUGCUUAUCACUGCAAGUUUGGCUCACAUUUUGCUGAAGCAGAAGCCCCCUAAAGACCCUCUCUUUUAUGUGUUUGCAGUGUUUGCCUUUAUGAGCGUAGUAAACCUCAUCAUAGGACUUGAACAAGACAGUAUCAUCGAUGGGUUUGUGACGUUUUACUUGAAAGAGGGCGAACCUCACUUGAACACCGCUCACGGUCACAUGAUCUGCUACUGGGAUGGCUCUUUCCAUUACCUCAUGUAUUUACUGAUGAUUACAGCCAUAACUUGGGGGGACGAGUAUCGAACAAUUGGACUUUACUGGGUUGGAUCGGUUUUGAUGAGCCUAGUUGUCUACCUCCUUGGAAACGCUGUUGGGAAAUAUGGAGCAAACCUGUGUGGUGGAUUUGUUAUUAACAAUCUGUGUGUCAUUCUACCGGUGUGGGCCUCUUUUCGUAUCUUCAGCCAGCCUUUGACAAGAGAUGCACCUUCCAAGUGCAUUCAAGACUCCCAUCAGAAGGGGCUGAUUGGUAGACCACUAGACUGCGUGUUUGUUCUCUACUUUCUGCUUGCCUUGGGCUUCAGUAUCUUCAGAGGACUGGUUACCUUAGACUGUCCUGCUGAACUUUGCCAACAGUACGUUCAGUUCCAGGAGCCAUAUCUUAAAGAUCCCACUGCUUACCCUAAAAUCCAGAUGCUGAUGUAUAUGCUCUACUGUGUUCCUUUCUACAUCGUGACAAUUUAUGCUCUCCUGGUUCCUGGAUGCAGCUGGACUUCUGACUUGGCUUUGCUGCAUGCAGGUGCUUUAGCACAAGGCCAGUUUUCUCACAUUGGGGCCUCUCUGCACACGAGGACACCAUUUUCAUACAGGGUGCCUGAGGAAGCAAAAACCAUGUUCCUGUUUCUAAACCUAGUUUAUGGACUCGUGCCCCAGCUGUUUGCCUACAGAUGUGUGACAAAUCCAGAGUUCUUUCUGAAAAACAAAGGGAAUCAAAAGACAGAGUGAGGCACAUGCAAGUGUGACGUUAGGUUGGUUAGCCGUCCUCGUUUUGUGCAUUGGAUUUAACGUUCACAGAUAUUCUUAGUUGGUAAACCGUAAGUGUAUACAGAAUAACAAAGUGAAGGCAGCAAGGCACCAUUAAAAUAACCCCUGGGCUGGGAUGAACUUAAAAAAAGUGGAACUUUCCAAAGAAACUGGUUUAGUAUGAGGUUCAGUUUAUAGAUGCAAAUUACAAAGGUACAAUUUUGAUAAAAAUGGGCCAUUGACGUGUCAAGUAUUUGUGUGUGUGUUCACUUUAAAAUUUAUGAUAUGCAACUGUUACUUGGUGUGGGGGGAGCAGGGUCACAUAUUUUAUUAAGGUGCUAUUGACGUACAACAAUAUUACUUUUGUAACUGCUGUUGGCAGUGCUUCACCGUGCAGAACGUUUUCCUUAAAUGAAUGUUUUGAUAGCAGCACUGCCAAGAAAUUUGCAACAAUAUAUCAGAGACGCCAAGGGUCAGAGCCCUUCACUUUUGACACAUUUUGUUGUGCUGCAGCCUUGUGAGAAAAUCAUUUCAAAUUCCUUUUUUCCCCUCAUCAAGCAACACUCAAUACUCCAGAAUGACAAAGCAAAAGCAGGAUUUUGGACAUUAAUAACAAAAAGAAUGAACUGCCAUAUUGACACCAGUAUUCAGAUACUUUACUCAGUACAGGUAGUCCCUGAGUUACGGACAUGCGACACACGACUUACGAACGGGGCCGCAGCUGCUCCUUCACCUGUCCGGGGGGACGUGACGCAGGCUCCUCAGUAACUGCCGCUCCGGCAUCGUCGGCCUGGGGAUGCUGCAAGCGGUGGCUGGAGGGGGGCCAUUUCGCAGCUCGUGCAGUGUAGUGCCAAUCUGACUGGAUGGGGGGUCAUUUCACUGCCCGCACAUCACACAGCCUUGCAGGGUCUCUCGAACCGCUGGCCCAUUCGUUUUCGGUGGGCGGCUGGUGAUGCUGGAAGCGGUGGCUGGAGAGGGCCGGUUUCGCUGCUUGCGCAGUGUAGUGCCAAUCGGGCGGCUUUGCUUGAUGAAUGGGGCAGUGGGGGCGGCACCCCGUUCAUUCUCAGUGGGCAGUUGGGUGCGCAGCAAACGGUGACCUGGGGUCCAUAGUCAUCCGGGGCCACAGCUACUGCUCGUGUGCAGGCUUGAUGGGGUGGUUCGCUGCCCACCCACUGCUCCUCCGCAGAUACUGCUCCUGACUUUCGUUUCACUGCCCGCCCCAUCACACAGCCUUGCAGGGUCCUUCGAACAGCUGGCCCAUGGGCGGCUGGUGAUGCUGGAAGCGGUGGCUGGAGAGGGUCGGUUUCGCUGCUUGCGCAGUGUAGUGCCAAUCGGGCAGCUCUGCUUGAUGAAUGGGGCAGUGGGGGCAGCACCCCGUUCAUUCUCAGUGGGCAGUUGGGUGCGCAGCAAGCGGUGACCCGGGGUCCAUAGUCACCGGGGCCACAGCUACCACUCAUGUGCAGGAUGGACGCUUGAUGGGGCGGUUCGCUGCCCACCCACUGCUCCUCCGCAGAUACUGCUCCUGACUGCUCACUGCCUGUCCACCACACAGCCUUGCAGGGUCCCUCAAACGGCUGACCCAUUCAUUCUCGGUGGGCGGCUGGUUAUGCUGCAAGCGGUGACCCGGCAUUGGCUUAAUGGAUGCCUUUGGGGAUGAAUGGGGCGGCGGGGGAAGCAUUGUAGUGUGCCUCGGGUGGCUGCCUGUUGAAUGAGGACGGUGAUGAGCGAUUCACUACCCGCCUUUGGCAGC